UUUAUUGUCGCGGGGAAGCAGCGGCCGCCCUGUACCCGGAACAACAAAGCACGAAAGACGGAGCCCGAGCCUCGGGGGCUCCUAGCAACGGGCCGGGGCGGGAGUUCCAUGGAGACUGGGGAGCGGGCCCGCCUCAUCUUCAUCCUUGUCCUCCAGCUUUUCCUCCGCGUCCGACGCAACCGGCAGCAGCGCUGCCGCCGCGUCCUCUGCGACCGCCCCGUCUUCCCACGGAUGUGAUCUUCGUGGUGGGAAACUAAGUUUUUAAACUACCCCAAUGGAUGCAGACAGUGAUGUUGCAUUGGACAUUUUAAUUACAAAUGUAGUCUGUGUUUUUAGAACAAGAUGCCAUUUGAACUUAAGGAAGAUUGCUUUGGAAGGAGCCAAUGUAAUUUAUAAGCGUGAUGUUGGAAAAGUAUUAAUGAAGCUUAGAAAACCUAGAAUUACAGCUACAAUUUGGUCCUCAGGAAAAAUUAUUUGCACUGGAGCAACAAGUGAAGAAGAAGCUAAAUUUGGUGCCCGACGUUUAGCCCGUAGUCUGCAGAAACUAGGUUUCCAGGUAAUUUUUACAGAUUUUAAGGUUGUGAAUGUUUUGGCAGUUUGUAACAUGCCCUUUGAAAUCCGUUUGCCAGAAUUCACCAAGAACAAUAGACCUCAUGCCAGCUAUGAACCUGAACUUCAUCCUGCCGUGUGCUAUCGGAUAAAGUCUCUAAGAGCUACAUUACAGAUAUUUUCAACAGGAAGUAUCACAGUGACAGGGCCCAAUGUAAAGGCUGUGGCCACUGCUGUGGAACAGGUGUACCCAUUUGUGUUUGAAAGCAGGAAGGAAAUUUUAUAACUCAUUUGGUUGGUUAGUCUCUAACUGAGCACCUUGAAACCUGCUGCACAUUGGACUCAAAACACAAGGAAAACUGGACCAACAGUGACUGAGGAAUAGACUCCUGCUCACGGCUACAGUGUGAGCUCCAGUCCCUUUGGAUUUCACUUCAAACUUUGCUGUAAUAUAAAAAGGAAGUUUACAAGACGUGACAUUGCUGCUUUUACAAAAGGACAUUCUAUUUAUUUUCGCAGUAAUUCUCAUGUCCCCACAGGCAGAGCUGUCACAGUGUGCACUACCUUAAGAAAUUGUUUUAUUGUUGUCAUUAUUUUUCCAGUUUGAGCUAAUGUGUUUUAUUUGUGAAUAGUCUUUUACAUUUUUGUAUGCUGAAUAUGGGCACCAAAGAAUCUGUAAAAGUUAUCUUUUUAAAUUGAAUGUGCACAAAUAAAAGUUUGGAAAAGA